AUGCUGCUGAAAGUUAAACCAGACGGCCAACUGCAGAAUAUGCACAUCGACAAGUUCCCACAACUAUCUCUAUUUUUGACUGAUAUUGAGUUCCCAGCCUCAACAGAUCAGACGAAUGGAGGAAAAGUCAACGGGAACGCCAAGGAUGGGAAAGGCUGGAUAACAGUGACAUACAAGAACUCAUCCAGUCCACACCCCGAGUCUGGGGUUGGAAAUACGCUCCGCAUACCCCUGGAGCCAGUGACGAGUAAUCUCAAACAAUUCGAGGUGAUGAUGCAUCGUAGUCCGACAACGGCAUAUGACAUGGGGGUCGAGUAUAAUAGUUGGUUCUCAGCCUGGCUAGGUUUCAAGGUGGUAUUUGCGUAUAUUGGUGAACAUCGAAGAUUAGCUUUGGGCAACUUUGCCUCGCCCGGUAUGAAUGGUGGAUGGAUGUCGACUAUCUCCAGCAUGAUACCCGUACCUAUACCUGGCCUGGCGGGAACAAAAGAUGCGUCAAAGGUACUUACGUUCGCGGAUAUGGCACCUUAUCUCGUUGUGUCACAGACGUCCGUUGACGAUGUAUCUUCUCGCCUACCACCGGGGGAACCGAUGGAUGUGACUAAAUUCAGACCCAACAUUGUGCUGGCUGGCGCUCGAACGGCAUUUGAGGAGGAUUAUUGGGCUGAAUUGAUUAUUGGAGAGGGUGUGAAGGUGCAGCUUAGGAAUAACUGUGUGCGUUGCGUGAGUGUUAAUGUUGACUUUGAUACCGGGGCGCCGCAUAAGGGGGAGGCGGGUACAGUUCUUAAGAAGCUGAUGAAGGAUAGACGGGUUGAUAAGGGGGCAAAGUAUAGUCCUGUUUUUGGACGGUAUGGAUUCCUGCAUCGGGAAGAAGGGGGCGGCGAGGCGGUUAUUCGAGUUGGUGAUGCGGUAAAGGUGUCCAAGGUUAAUGCUGAGCGUACUACUCUGGGUGAGUUUCCUGUCUACUCCUAUAAGAACAGUGGAUAUAGCUAA